GCUGGUGGGUGAUGAGAUUUGUCUGCAUCAGCUACACAGCAGAUCGAAUCAAAGAACGGUAGUGUCAUUUUGAUGGUGAAACUACGGAUUGGAGCUGAAUUCAGAGGUUUCCAAGGCCCUGCUGGAGGCGAAAAGCUGUUGGGCUGUACCAGUGGAACCAUUACAUGAUAAUCAGAGCAAGCUUGCUGAUUCUCGCUACUGUUGCAGCUCUUGCAGUUUCUAGUAAUGGCGUCGUCAAGGCUUCGAGGAGGAAACGAAAACCACAUCUCGAAUCAUCAGGAGACGAAGAUGCGAACCGGCAAAGUGGCCAUGCUGAGGAAAAGGAGGAAAUCGAGACUGCAGAUGCGAGCAGGCAACGGGCGAUUGCCCGGCAGGACAAGAAUCCGAAUGGUGUCGAAGAAGCCGAACAGAUGAAGCAUCUGCUUAACGACCUGAGAAGAAGAGAAAUAGCAGUUGAGAAUAAGCUGUUGGAGCUCUAUGGGCUGAGAGAACAACAUUCCUUCGUCACACAUUUGAAGAGGCAAUUAAGGGUCAGAUCAUCCGAGGUCGACAUGCUGAAGGCUGCCGUUAGCACGCUCGAGGCCGAGAAAAACGACCUUGAAAAGGAGAUUAGAGAGAGCUUUCUGGCGGAGAAGCAGCUAGAGACAGCGGAGAAGAUGGUGAAGCAGUGGCAGGAAAAGACGAACGCCGGCGAAAUCCAAAUGAAGGCGCAACUAAACAUGAUUGAAGAGCAAGUCUACGGCUAUCACAGUAAAGAAAAGGUAUCUCGAGAGCCCGUGUUCGAGAGGAAGACGAAGACUAUGGACAAUGUGAAGCUGGAGGUCUUGGGGAUGAAUCGGAGGAACAAGGAGCUCGAGCUCGAAAAGAGGGAGCUAGCGCUCAAGUUGAACUCUGCUCAGGCGAAAACCACUUCCCUCUCCACCAUGACAGAGAGCGAAGUGAUUGCCGGGGUCAAAGAGGAGGUGAAUGCCCUGAAACAUGUGAACAAAGGGCUCUUGAAGCAGAUAGAGACGCUACAGAAGCAGAGAUUCAGCAGGGUGGAAGAGCUGGUGUACCAAAAGUGGCUCAACAGUUGCUUGAGAUUCGAAAUCCAAGAUUACCGAACCCCGCCCCGUACUCCCAAAUCCACCAGUCGCGCCACAUCUGACAGCGCCGAUUCUUCUCCGACCUCCACGGAGAGCCGCGAAAUCGAUGAUACAAGCUCAACCCUUGAAAGCACUGCAGGUAGCCAAAGCAGCAUAAGCAAAAGCGAGAGAUCUAGCCUGAUCACUAAGAUAAAGAGGUGGAACAAGAGUAAGAGGGACAUUAUAGUGGUGGAUCCAUCACCAGAGAUGUCUCCUGGCAAGAGUUUUUGGGGAAAGACGGGAUUAAUCCGCGGAUUUUCGAUGUCGAUGGUCACCGAGGGACUUUCGAAAUCGAGGACCAGUAGUUAUUGGAAUUACAGUAUUGACGCUUCUAGGAAGAAGAGCAAGAAGGAUCUCGCAGAGUCCCCGAGCCCGGAGAUUCGCUCCUGCCUGAGGAGAGUAUCUUUCAAUGACUCUGUUAGCGUUAGGAAUCUAGAACCGGCGUUCGAAGAUACAUUAGCACCUGUCGAAAUGGAACCAUGUAGCCACAAAACACAUGACAGGAGGUCGAGUCGGAUGCUUACUACAGAAUCGAGGGACAAUGCAGUAAAGGUUACGGCAAAAGAACAGGUGCAAAAGCAUCAGGAUGUGACCGCAUCGGAGGCGACCGGUUCAAGUCAUCAGAGCGCGAAUGAAUUAGAAAAAAACGAGACAAACAAGCAAGUGGUCAGCAAGAUCAGGCCAGCUCGAUCACCGGAUGCGCAACACGGGCAGAUGAACCAGAUCGAAGCUAGCUCGCCUUGCCAUGUUUCUGCCUUCAUCAUCUUCAUCUUCAUACUGCUACUCAUACCAAGAUUUUGCUCUUGGUUGUAUUUCGAUUGACAGCGCAUUGAACUGAUCAUGACAAUGAAAAUUUCUAGCCAUUAUGUUGCAAUAUGAGCUGAUUAUAGUUUAAUA